GACUACACCGAGAAGGAAAAGGAGAUGAUGGCAGAGAUCGAACUGAGGAAGCUGCAGCAACAGUUCUGGAUCAUGGUGGAGAGCCGCAAGUCGCUCGGUUUGAAAACACAGCAACAGUUGUUCCAUCAGGAAAAACACAUCCAUGCCUUGAAACAAGAACACGAUGAGAUUAAUGCGCUGCUAAGCCUCACCAACUCGCCCCGCAACCUUUUCAUAGAUGACCGGAACUUCAUGGAGCUCAGAUUCCUUCUGCAGACCAAAGACGAGUACGAUGCUCUCAUCAGAGCCACCAAGAAUCUGAUUGCAGAACUGGAUGACAAGAUAGAAGAGGUGGAAAAAAAGAUCCAAGCCCAAAAAGUUCUGAUGACGAAGCUGAGGCAGGAGUACGACGGGAAGUGGCUUCAGAAGCAAAUCCACAAACUGGAUAACCGUCUCAAUCAUGCCACGGUACAUUUUGACACGAUCUUGACCAGAAAUGCCAUGCUCCGGGAAGAAAUAGAAACCCUGCAGUGCCAGAAGGCGAUUUUUGAAGGCAUCUACUCACGGCUUUACAAGAAGCUGGAGCAGAAAAAGAGGACCAUGAACGCAUCCAUUGAGCAGUCAACACAAGCCUACGAGCAGAGAGUUGAAGCUCUGGCCAGGAUCUCUGCCAUAAAUGAACGGCGGUCCAAGGAUAUCGCCCAGUUCAACGUAGAGUUUCGGGAGCUGGAGCGGAUCUACAACCACGAGACCAAGCUGAAGGCCUUCAUGCUCAUCAAACUGGUGGAUCGCUGUGAAAUCGAGGAACAGGCCAAAAAGGAAGAAGCGGUCAAGGCCAGGAAGCGGGCCAAGUCGAAAGGGGAGAGCUUCGAGAGCUACGAGGUGGCCUACAUGCGGCUGCUGAAGCUGACGGAAAACGGGGACAUUGAGCAGCUGGUGGAGGACUACCUGGAGAAGGAAGGGAAAAACUUCGCCUACUUCAGCUACGUCACCGAACUGAACAAUGACAUGGAGAGGCUGCAGAAGAGGAUUGAGAUGGUCCAGAACGAAAUCAGCCAUCUGAAAUCCCAGCAGAAAGCAGCUGAAGAUAUAAUUCAUGGCAAUAUGAAAGGCAUGGAGGAGCAGCUGCAGAAGACCACCGAAAAGAUCAAUCUCUACGCCUACAACCUGAAAGAGACCAGCAAAAUCUUGGACCAGCUGAAAUCCUCCCUGGACUUCCUGUUCCAGAAGAUCGGCUGCGAUGCCACCAAGAUCAUGCAGCAUCUGGGCGAGACGGGGGAGAUCACGGAUCAGAACUUGAUGCAGUAUUUCAGCAUUCUCGAAAAGAAAAGCAAUGACCUUUUGCUGGUGGAAUCCUUCCUGCGCUACAAGGAAGUCGAAGGGGAGCUGGACACGGUGCCAAUGCUGAAUCCCUUUUUGGGCGGGAGUGCUCUGCUGAAGAAAAUGGACACCGUUAAAGUGGCUCCACCUUCUCUCAGCGUGGAUCCCUUUGCAGACACGGCAGAGCCUACAGAACCGCUGGACCACGAUAACCUGCGGGCCCUGGUCUUGGGGAACCAGGAGAAGGAAAAAGCCAGAAGCAAUUCCCCCACGGAACGAUUGGAGAGUGGCAAAGAUAAAAAGAAAGCGUCACCCGUAUAGAAGCUAAGAUAGAAACGAGCGGCAGGAUGAGGAACCGUUUUUCUUCAUCGGCUGCUUUCAUAUAUUUUAGAUUCAUGUAUCUACUUUUACAUAUACAUAUAUAUAUAUAUACACACACAGUA